CAUUGAAUCGAUGACAGUAUUUUUGUACAUACGAAUACGAAUGAGUGAUACACAUUUUCUUUUGCGCAAAAUGUAAAUAAAUAAUAAAAACUACGUAGUUAGGAAGAUACUCCAUGAGAGAGUACCAUUUUUCGCACUAAAAUGACUCGUUCUUUAUCUGCAACACUAAUAAAAUAAAGAAACGUCGACACAGUGAUAAAUAGUCAGUUUCUGUAGUUUUAUUGCUUUUCAACCGAGCGUUCGAGGAGAAAGGUCUUUUGUGAAUUGUGUAAGUUAAUCCAUCCGAAAAAGUGCAGUCAUUAUGCACGCGUAAAUAUUUACCAAAAAUACAACUUCACGAGCGAUUUGUGCAAAUAACGACUAAAGAUUUCAGUUGAUCACACUGGUAUCUUUUCAGAAAACAAAUCAACCAACUGCCAUGGAUGCCAACAUCGAUAAUGCCGACAAUGGCAAUGAAUCUGCACCGAAUCCAAUCGAAUGCGAAAUUAUCGAAUCGUGGACAUUUCUCGGCGAUGAAUCAACCAAUCCCAUUAAUCAUCCAGGUAGCGGUGUGGAAAACAUCACCGAGCAUCCCGAUGACGACACGAAAAUACCAUCGAAAUCGAGUCGCAGCAGCAGCAGCUGUGUGUCAGAUAACUUCUUGAGCGUGACAUAUCAUGGGACUGAUGGUGAUUUAUCGGAUGGGAUAUCGGUAAUCAGUGAUUGUGACAGUAUUAACGAUCGACAUAGUCCUAUGCCGCCGAAAAUGGCAACACCAGAGCUAAGGAUUGACUACGCAGAUGACGAAGAAACCAGAAGCGACGUCAGUGGUAUCGCAGCCGUUCAAAGUUAUUCGUUAGUUGAACGAUCAACAGAUAACGAAGUGCAAGUAUUAGACAGUAGCACCGAUUCUGACCAGCAAUCUGUGUGGUGGAAUCCAUCGAACAUUCUUUUGUUCGGAUUGAUCAUUGGCGUAGCGGCCAUACUGUCAUCGCAAUGUUGGAAAGUAAAUUUAUCGCAUGGAAAUGUCAUACCGGAUAUGUCUCUGCUAACCCAACGCAUUCAAGAUUUGGAGAGAGAAAAUGUGGCGCUGAAAGUUGAAGUGAACCGAUUGGUUGAAUUGCAUCAUGCUGGUCAUGAACAUUCCCCAACACACGAAAAUAAUGUUGCGGAGACGCGCCCGGUGAAACAGAAAAAAGUCUGGACUGGUGCUGAUGAUGCUGCGAUACAUAUACCAAAGGAGCCGGUUAAGGAGAACUAUUGCAGAGAAGAGUAUUUGAAUUCGGACGAUCUGUUUGCCAGUUACAAUUUUAAGAAAUGUGAAAACAUUGACGACGCAAAGAAACAAGGCAUCGACAAAGUAAAAUCAAAACAGGGUUGGGAUGCUCCAAAAAUGACUUCCCAAAAUCGUUCUCGGCAGACUGACACUCGAAGAAAUAAGAACUUCGACAAAGACGACAGUGCGACGAACAAAAGACAAAAAUUCGCUGAAAACAAAUUUAACGCUGCUGUGGAAAGCCAGGGACCGGCUGUGGACACCAAUGAAAAUGUACGGAAUGAGAAAUUUGUUAAGAUUCAGACGGAGCGCCAAAAAUUAUUUGACGAAGCGACACAAAAGUACUUAAAUCUACAGAAAAAGACGCAAAAGAAGCAAGAGAAAGACAGGAAAAAUCGUGACAAUGUGCUUAAAGAAUCAGAAAAUAUGCGUAAGCAAUCGAAAGACAUGGACUCGGAAUGGUACGAUAAAAUGAUGAAAAAACGCGAAGAAUUGCGUGCGAAGAGUAACGAAGACACGGACUCAGAAUGGUACGGUAAAAUGAUGAAGCAACGAGAGGAAUUGCGUGCGACGGGUAAUAAUUCAGGCGGUACCAAGCAAAAGAACAAAGAAAAUUGGUACACAGAACGGGCCAAUGAACGAGAGAAAGUUCGUGGCAAGCGUGAAAAGCAAACGAAAUUGAAGCAGCCUCGUUGAUGUCAUGUGAACGUCGAUGCUAAGUAUAUUUUCGAAAAUGUUUUCGUCCUCCUCUUAAAUACCGCGUUUGACUAACCAUUAAUUUGAAAUAGAUUGUGUACGUAAAAUCUAGUGGGCAAUGUAGUAAAGUCCCAAUCCGGAUUGUUGAAUUGCAGUUUUUUGUUUUUUUGUUAAUCUCACUCAGGUAUCAGUAUCUUUUACCGCUAAGUCAUUUUCAAUAUUCUUUUCGUCAAUUUUUCUUUCUUUUUUGAAGUAAAUCAUUUGAGGCGAAAUUUAUAUGUUUUUUGUAGGCUUUUAGUAAUUUGACAUUAAAAAAUAAAAUCUAAAUGUAAAAUCGUUCAGAUAAAUACCAUAUUUUUGUCUAAAAUUUCAUGAGAAAUAAAGCGUGUGAUAGGCAUAAGAGCCGAACAAA